AUGAGCGAUCUCGACAAAGCCAUCGCGCAGCUGCGCGCGUGCCGGCCCAUACCGGAGCCACAGGUCCGCGAAUUAUGCCACCGCGCGCGGGAGCUCCUGAUUGAAGAGGGCAACGUCGUCACCGUCACGGCGCCAGUCACGAUUUGCGGCGACAUCCACGGCCAGUUCCACGACUUGAUGGAACUAUUCAGGGUUGGCGGAGACGUCCCCGACACCAACUAUCUUUUCAUGGGCGAUUUUGUCGAUCGCGGAUUUUACUCUUUAGAAUCGUUUCUCCUCCUUUUGUGCUUAAAAGUUCGAUACCCCGACCGCAUGACCCUCAUUCGCGGCAACCAUGAAUCCCGGCAAAUUACCACGGUGUACGGCUUCUACGAUGAAUGCCUCCGAAAGUACGGCAGCGCCAACGUAUGGCGCUACUGCUGCGACGUGUUUGACUACCUAGCCCUUGGGGCCAUUGUGCUGGGCGCAUCCAACACACUCUCGCCCGUACCCGGGUCCGGGCCCGCGGAUGAAGAUACAGAAAUCGAGCUGCGUGACCAGCACGGCUCCUUGAUGAGCCGGUUCUCCCGGCAGCGACGGCAGCAGCAGCAACCGUCGUCGUCGCAAGCGAGCAGCUCUCAGGAACAGGUCCCCAACGGCGGCGGCGGCGGCAGCAGCGGCACCGGCGACAAGACGGGCCCCCCCGGCACGGGUGCUUCGGGCUCCAGCAACGGCAGCAUAGGCAACCCCGCCGGCGCGGUGCUCUGCGUCCACGGCGGCCUCAGCCCCCUGAUCGACACGGUCGAUAAGAUCCGCCUGAUUGAUCGGAAGCAAGAGGUCCCCCACGAAGGCGCCAUGUGCGACCUGCUCUGGUCCGACCCCGAAGACAUUGACGGCUGGGGCCUGUCGCCCCGCGGCGCCGGCUUCCUGUUUGGCGCCGACAUCGUCAAGGUGUUCAACCACCGCAACGACCUCAGCCUGAUUGCCCGCGCGCACCAGCUGGUCAUGGAAGGCUUCAAGGAGAUGUUCGACGCGUCCAUUGUGACGGUGUGGUCCGCGCCCAACUACUGCUACCGGUGCGGCAACGUCGCCGCCGUGCUGGAGCUGUGCGAGGACGAGUCGGGCACGGGGCUGUUUGCCCGCAGCAACGGCGACGUGAACCGGAGCGACGGCGGGCGCGGCGGCGGCCUCAUGCUGGAAUCGGACGGCGGCGGCGGCGGCGUCGGCAUGGCCAAGAGCGGUCCCGCGAGACGGUACCGCGUCUUCCAGGCGGCGCCGCAGGACUCGCGGGGGAUGCCGGCCAAGAAGCCGGUCGCCGACUACUUUUUGUAG